GACCCUUGAGCCUCAGGUUCAUUGUACACUGUCUCUGUGCGCUUCCACUGAAGCUCUCUGGAAUUGCCCCGGUGCCCACAGCCGCUGGCCCAUCACCAUGAGGCCGCUUCUGCUUCUCUUCCUUCUGCUCCUCGCUCUCGGGGCUGAAGCUUUCAUCUUCACGUAUGGUGGUCAACAUUCGAUGGAGCAUCUGCGAGAUGAAGAGCCUGGUGAACAUCUAAGCGCUAGAUUCAGGAGGAGUCUGGUCGAGGAUGAGGAAGGCAUCGGCGAUUCUGAGGCCGAAGUAGACAGGGGCAUUGUGGUCCGCAGCUACAAGGUGGAGAGCCGAAUUACAUUGCGUUUCGCCCACACCACAGUCACGAGCGUGGUGAGCAACUUAGCCAAGGAUGGCCAAAGUGUGGCCUUCAACACACAGAUCCCCAAACGAGGAUUCAUCACCAACUUCACCAUGAAUGUGAAUCAGGUGACAUAUGUGGGCUCAGUGAUGGAGAAGACAAAGGCCAGGAACCUCUACAUCCAAGCCAGGGCUCAAGGCAAGGCGGCUGCCAUAGUCAGGUCGAGCACGCAGGACAUGGAGGUGUUUAAAACGGAGGUGUACGUUCCUCCAGGCAGCCAAAUCGAGUUCGAGCUGCACUACCAGGAACUGCUGCCCAGGAAGCUGGGCUCCUAUGAACACACUCUUUACCUACAGCCAGGCCGACUGGUGCCCGACCUGCAGGUAGAUGUUUACAUCUACGAACCCAAAGGUAUCACGUUUGUGGAGACCCCAGAGAACCUGGGGGAGCAGUUUGUGGGCUUGAUUGAAGUGGCGACCACUGGGAACAAGGCGCACGUGGGCUUCCGGCCCACGCUGGAACAGCAGAGGAGGUGUAAAAACUGCAGCUCCACAGCUGUGAAUGGGGUCUUCACUGUGAAAUACGACGUGAACAGGGAUGGCGAUGCGAUGGAGCUGCAGGUCUCAGACGGGCAUUUUGUACAAUUCUUUGCCCCGGAAAGGCUUGAUCCUCUCCCCAAGAACAUCGUGUUUGUCAUCGAUGUCAGCGGCUCCAUGUGGGGCCUGAAGAUGAGGCAGAUGGUGGAAGCCAUGCAGACCAUCCUUGAUGAUCUCAGAAUGGACGACUAUUUCAGCAUCAUUGAUUUCAACCACAACGUCCGAUGCUGGAGCGAGGACCUGGUUCCCGGCACCAACAUCCAGGUGGCUGAAGCCAAGAAGUACAUCCAAGCCAUCAAGCCCAAUGGGGGAACCAACAUUAACGAGGCACUCCUGAGGGCCAUCCACAUGCUGACUCGGGCGUCCAAUGAGGGCCUUAUUGACCACCGUUCUGUUUCCAUGAUCAUCCUGUUUUCUGACGGUGACCCCACAGUCGGUGAGAUCAAGCUGAAGGCCAUCCAGAGGAACGUCAAGCGCUACAUGCGUGAGCAGUUCUCCCUCUUCUCCCUGGGGAUUGGCUUUGACGUGGACUUUGACUUCCUCGAGCGCAUCGCCAUGGAGAACCGAGGCGUGGCCCGCAGGGUCCAUGCCAUACAGGGGGCCACAGAGCAGAUGCGGAGCUUCUACAACGAGCUGUCUUCACCUCUCCUGAGAAACAUCAUCUUCCAGUCCCUCAAGGACUCACUCUCCGACGUGACUGAGAGCCGUUUCGACAAGUUCUUCAAAGGCUCCGAGAUCGUGGUGGCGGGCAAGGUGGCCUCAUGCGACUCCAACGUGCUGGAGGCCAUGAUCACGGCCUCCGCGGCCAAACAGGACUUUCAGAUAACAGCAAAGGCAGACUGUGAAGUGCUGGACCGUGAUCUCAUUCUCCAACCUCACACCUUUGCCGGGUUCAGCAAGCAAAUGUGGGCCUACCUCGUCAUCAACCAACUACUGGCUGACCGGUCACUGGCUUCCACAGCGGCCAAGAAGAGGAAGAUCACAGAGAAGAUCGUGAAACUGGCAACCGAGCACCAGUUUGUGACACCACUCACCGCUAUGCUGGUGGAGAGUGAGGGGGGGCAAGAGAGGCUACUCGCCGAUUCUCCCAAGGACCCCAAACAAGGCUGCUGCCUAGGUCCUGUUUCCAAUGGGAAGGUGACGGUGGUCCAUGGCGUUCCACCCUGGACCCUGGCGACCCCUGUGCCCACGCCAGCUGCCACCAGGACCGAAAUCAUCCGAGUCAACAUAGUUGAGAACGACCCUCACUUCACAGUCUAUCUGCCCAAGGCCCAGCUGGACAUCUGCUUCAACAUCGACUCCGAGCCAGGAGACAUCCUCAGCCUAGUAUCUGAUCCUGGAUUAGGUGUCGUGGUGAACGGCAAGCUCAUAGCAGGAAAGCAGAUGAAGAACAACAAGCUGAACACAUACUUUGGCACCAUCAGCAUCUACUACCGCCCCCUGGGGGUGAGGGUGGACGUCAGCACCCAACUGAUUACAGUGAUUGAUGGGGAGGAUAAGCAUGCCAUCUCCUGGGCGUCAGCCACCGACGCCACAUUCGGCGGAGUGAAAAUCUCCAUCAUGAAGGACGCCAAGGUGAACGUGACCCUAAGAGACAACAUAUCCUUCAUGGUCGUGCUGCACCGCGUGUGGAAGAAGCACCCGUUCAACGUGGACUUCCUGGGAUUGUACACCCCUGACGACAAUGCCUUCUCCCCCCUUGUCCACGGCCUCAUCGGUCAGUUCACUAUAGAACCCACCGUUAAGGUAUACGAGAUCCACGAGGGAACCGACCCAAUGAAGAUGGAAGCUACCAUGGAAGUGAAAGGGAACAAACUAGCUGUUACUAGGGGUUGGCAGAAGGACUACAGAAAGAACCGGAAGUAUGGGUCCAAUGUGUUCUGCUGGUUCAUUCACAACAGCGGGAAGGGUUUCAUCGACGGACACUACAAAAAAUACAUUGUCCCGCGGCUGGACAGUUUCCUGUAGAGACCCUGAAAGGACCCUCCCCGUUAAUUUUAAUAUGGAGAGGUACAGGGCAGGGGGCCGUUUUAGGGAUAAAAAUAAAUAUGAUCCACUAUUAGGUAAUAAUGAGAUCCAUGCAAAACAGUGGUGACAGCAAUUGAUGAAAUGUCAAAAGUUGAGGAAGUUGAGAUUGAUGAGGUAGAUACUCAGCCAACUGGACCUUACAAUGGGAUGUGUAAUAUGGUGACAUAGGAUUUGAGACCCCCCCCCCCAAAAAAAUAAAUAAAAAAAUAAAAACUCUCCACUUCAGUGGCAAUAACAA